AUGCUGGGAUUCUCAGACGAAGAUAAGAUCGGAACCAUCCAACCCCACGACGAUGCUCUGGUAGUCACACUCAGGAUUGGGGGAUUUGAUGUGAAGAGAGUGCUAGUAGAUCAGGGUAGUACUAUGGAAGUAAUGUACCCCGACCUGUACAGGGGGCUGAACUUAAAACCCGAAGACCUAACGGCGUCCAAUUCCCCUCUGACUGGUUCGGAUGUGGUGGAGGUGGAUUUCAUUGUAGUUGACGCUUAUUCACUCUACACAGCUAUUGUGGCUAGACCUUGGCUUUAUGCCCUAGGGGCUGUCUCUUCUACACUACACCAAAAGGUGAAAUACCCGUCAGAAGGCCAGGUUAAAGAUAUUGUGGGGAAUCAGAUCAUGGCCAGGCGGUGCAUGAUGGCCGCCAUCUCACACCAACCCAAUGCUGAGCCCUCGACCUCUAUUGGAAAGGCUUAUAGCAAUCAACCACCCCAGCAUUGCCCGAUAAUGAAUCAGCCGAUGAGAGAAAAUGCAGACGUGUUUGCGUGGGAUGCCUGUAAGGGACCAGGGGUUGAUCCGAGCUUCAUUUGCCACCACCUAAAUGUUAACCCAUCAGUUACUCCCAAGAAGCAACCACCUCGGUGCCCGUUGAAGGAGCAUGCCAACGCUGUUAGGGAUGAAGUGAUGAAGCUUAAAAAAGUAGGGGCUAUCAAGAAAGUUUUUUUAUCCUGA